AUGUGGCACCAAACUUAUAAUAAGAAAUCCGUAUUAUAUAAGGUUGCUGUUGAUUUCGACACGGCGACAAGUUCGGACAACCACAAUUGUAUAAUUAUCAUAGAUGGUUUAUUUAAGGAACUAAAAUGGUCUUCUAGUUGCCCAGGAACAAUGACAGCCGAUUGCUUCCGUAUCCGUGGAAAUGAGCACUUUGUGUCCAAAGAAUUUACAAUGGCGAUUAGUCUAUACUCUAAUGGCCCUAAACUGUAUUAUGCAUUUCGUAUCUAUAGUAUAGAGGAUUUUCUACGCUUGAAUCGAUUUAAGUGGGCAUUUUGCAAUACAGAAAUUGCUCUCGAAAAUGAUUAA